CUGAGAGAGAAGAACAUUAGGAAUGCCUUUCAGUGCCUCAGUUUCUGAGCUGCCUCACUUGGGGAAAUCCAACCGCAGCUCACGGUCACCCCUGAAGGAAUCCGGAUGCAGGCCAAGUACAGCAGCACGCGGGACAUGCUGGAUGGUGAUGGGGACACCACGAUGAGCCUGCAUUCUCGAGCCUCUACUACAACCCAGCGGCCAGAGCCUGGCCACACAGAGCACCGCGGUCCCUCUUCUGCUUGGCGUCCAGUGGCCCUGGUCCUGCUGACUGUGUGUUUGGUGCUGCUGAUUGGCCUGGCAGCUCUGGGGCUUGUGUUUUUUCAGUUCUACCAGCUCUCCAACACUCAGCAAGACAACAUUUCUCAAAAGGAGGAAAGAUUGGGGAAUCUCUCCCGACAGCUGCAAUCUCUACAAACCCAGAACAGGAAGCUUGCAGAAACUCUGCAUCACGUGGCUGAAAAACUCUGUCGUGAGCUCUAUAACAAAACUGGAGAACACAGAUGCAGCCCUUGCCCAGAAAGAUGGAAGUGGCAUGGGGACAAAUGCUAUCAAUUCUAUAAAGAAAGCAAGAGUUGGCAGGGCUGUGAAUAUUUCUGCAUUGCUGAGAACUCGACCAUGUUGAAGAUAAACACACAGAAAGUGCUGGAGUUUGCCAUGCCUCAGAGCUACUCUGAGUUUUUCUACUCUUAUUGGACAGGGCUAUCCCGCAACGGCAGUGGCAAGGCCUGGCUGUGGAUGGACGGAGCCCCUUACUCCUCUGAGCUGUUUGAGAUUAUAGUAGAUUUCACCAGCCUACGAAGCAGGGACUGUGUGACCAUCCUCAACGGAAAGGCUUUCUCCAAGGACUGCAGGGAGCUGAGGAGAUGUGCGUGUGAAAGAGCCGCAGCCACGGUGAAGCUGCAGAGGCUCCAAGAGCCUCUCUGAGCCAGACAUGGAGGCGAAUGGUUCUCCAGCUACAACUACAACUGCAGGCUCCCUUCAGAGAAAUGGAAGAUUCUGUUCUGCAGAGCAAAAGUCAGUCUCUGUACGUGAACCCGGCCUAGUGUGGUUUCCGUUCCUAUUGCCUUCCAUUUAAUCCCUGUUUAUACCUUCCAGGUACUGAAAAAUUUAAUAAUAAUAAAUGUAAAUAA